AAUACCCAAGCAAGGUGGUAGAAGCUAGCACCGAUACCUACGUGCAUUAGUAUAUCUGUGAAAAAUAAUAAUGGCCCUUGAAUCACGGAUUACACAGGAAGAAAUCAAAAAGGAGCCAGAGAAGCCCAUUGACCGAGAGAAGACCUGCCCCCUUCUGCUGCGUGUUUUCACCACCAACAGUGGCCGACACCACAGAGCAGACGAGUUUAACCGUGGCAACGUUCCCUCCAGCGAACUGCAGAUAUACACAUGGAUGGAUGCUACUCUGAAGGAGCUGACCAGCCUGGUGAAGGAAGUGUAUCCUGAGGCCAGAAAAAAGGGGACCCACUUCAGCUUUGCCAUCGUCUUCCCCGACCCCAGAGGGAAAGUGUACAGGUUGAAAGAUAUCGGCAACACUGUAUCCGGCAGGAAGGGCGCAGAUGACUCCAUGACGUUGCAGUCCCAGCGCUUCCAGAUCGGAGACUAUCUGGACAUAGCUAUCACACCGCCCAAUAGAGCCCCGCCCCUUAACACACGCAUGAGGCCCUUCUGAACAUAAACACAGACGCGUAAACCGACACAUCCACCGUAGUUAUUUUUUUUCGUCUUUUUUUUUUUUCAAUUGCAUCAUCUUGGAUGGUUUUUUUGCCU